AUGGUCCUGACACAGCUUGCAUCUACAAACCUGGAAGGGCUCUGCUCUAAAGAGCAGCUUGAGCUCCUCAAUACGAUCGAUUCGUUGCGAUCUCAAGGAGUCAGUCAUUACAUCUCCUUGCCCCAAAUAAUUGUAUGUGGUGACCAGUCCUCUGGCAAAAGUUCCGUCCUCGAGGCCAUCUCUGGUGUCUCGUUCCCAGUCAGCACUGGGCUCUGCACGCGCUUUCCAACAGAACUUAUCCUUCGAACGGCAUCACAUACUUCAGUCAAGGUCUCUAUCAUCCCACACCUGCUACACAAACGAGACAAGAAAGACGCUUCGUCGGAUUUCCAUGAACAGCUAGAUUCAGUUCAACAACUACCAGACUUGAUCGAAAAUGCCAAGGCAUACAUGGGAAUAAAGACUCUUGGCAAGGCAUUCUCCAAUGAUGUACUUCGCAUCGAGAUUAGCGGGCCAGAUCGCCCACAUCUCACCAUUGUUGACCUGCCGGGAUUGAUUCAUUCUGAGACCAAGAAUCAAUCGGCCUCAGAUGUCCAUCUCAUUACGCAAAUUGUCAAGAGCUUCAUGUCAAAGCAGCGAAGCAUUAUCCUCGCUGUUAUAUCUGCAAAGAAUGACUAUGCCAACCAAAUCGUCUUGAAGCUUGCCCGUGAUACAGAUCCAAGAGGGCUACGUACACUUGGUAUCAUCACCAAACCUGAUACUCUUGCUGCUGAUUCCACAAGCGAGAAAAGCUACAUCUCUCUUGCCAAAAAUUUGGAUGUAGUAUUUCGUCUUGGAUGGCAUGUACUGAGGAACAGAGAUACAGACGCAGACAAAUGGACUCUGGCGCAACGUGAUGUGCAAGAGAAAGAAUUCUUCUCCAAGAGCGCUUGGUCCGCCUUGCCCGAGUCAUCUCUUGGUAUUGUAUCUCUGAGAAGUCGAUUGAGUAAAUUAUUGUUACAUCAAAUUGCUUCUGAGCUACCAAGUUUGAUGGAUGAGAUUUCUCAGGAGAUUGAAGGUUGUGAGACGGAAUUGGGGAAAUUUGGCCAGCCUCGCAUAACCGCACAAGAGCAACGAAUCUAUAUGAUUCAAAUCAGCCAAUCAUUUCAGUCUCUCAUGCAGGCCGCAGUUGAUGGCACAUAUACCGAUCCUUUUUUCAGCGACUCGGAAACGAAAUCGGGCUAUGAUAAGCGUAUUCGCGCGCUUAUUCAAAACCUCAGUCGCGACUUUGCCAAAGAAAUGGAAGAUAAGGGUCGUUUUUAUAAGACUGUGGACUCCCACAAGAAGGUCGUCGACAUGAUGGCCCACAGACGUGGCCGAGAGCUGCCUAAUUCCUUCAGCCCAGCAGUUGUCACGGAUUUGUUCCGCGAGCAGUCGAAACCAUGGCAGGCAAUUGUCAAUCGCCAUGUAAACAAAGUUUGGGAAGCAGCUCGAGUGUUUGUGGAUCAUUUGAUCUCACACAUCUCUGAUUCAGAGACAAGUGACGCCAUUAUGGACGCCGUUGUGAGGCCCAAGAUGAAAGCAAUACUGGCCAAUCUCCUUGAUAAGACUACAAUCUUACUCCAGUUAUAUCGAGAUGAUCAUCCCAUCACCUAUAGUGAUUUUGGCGAGGCUCUUCAGAAAAUUCGUAUGAAACGAUACUCGUCACAGAUGGAUGAAGUUCUGCAAAGACACUUUUCGAGUGUUUCUCUUGAUAGCACCAGUUCGCAUGUGAGCGCAUACAUUAAUUUUGUAAGUCUGAAGCAAGAAUUGGCACAGUGCAAUGAGCCCGAUUUAUAUCGUUGGAGUGCUGCCGAAGCGCUUGAUAGUGCCGAGGCAUAUUAUGAAAUAGCUUUUAGACGCCUUAUUGACGAGAUCUCGAUUCAAGUCAUUGAAACAGGCUUAGUUGCUGAAAUCCGUGAGAUCUUGAGUCCUCUGGCUGUGGCAUACAUGGAUGAGGACGAAAUGGAGGCCAUUGUCGGUGAGAAGGAAAGCAUUCGUGAGGAACGCAGGAAGCUGGAAGCCAAGCUGAAGCUUCUUCAUGCUGGCUCCGAGACAUGCAAGAAGUUUUCUGGGUUUCGAGCCUUGGUAUUUAAUGAUAGCAACGAGGAUGCUAAUACUUCUGCUACCAUUGCGGCGAAGCCUUGGAAAGGUUUUUGGUCUGUGGAAACUACUCCAGAGGAAUCGGAGGAGUGA